AUGGCGGCGCUGGGCUCGCCGCUGCGCACGCUGCGCGGCCUCCUGCGCGAGCUGCGCCACGCGAGCGCCCGCGCGGGCCGCCCCUACCGCGACACGCCCGCCUACCAGCACGUCAUGGCGGCCUUCCGCGCGCACCGGGUGACCAGCGAGAAGCUGUGCCGCGCGCAGCAGGAGCUGCACUUCCAGGCGGCCACGUACCUGUGCCUGCUGCGCAGCGUGCGGGAGCACCUGGCCCUGCACCACGAGUACCACGGCAAGGGGGAGCGCUCGCCGCGCGAGGUGGCGGGSCUCGUGGGCUUCAGGCUGCCGCAGCAGCCCGGCGGAAAGGGCUGGGAUCCCUAGGAGCGCCCGCCAAGGCCCCGCGCGAGGCCUUCGCAGCCGCCRCUCCGCGU